GAUGAACCACGAUUACAGAAGGGGCUCACAGUAAGAUAUCUAUUAAAACCCAGUGAGCUAGAAGAAGGGCAUAUGCAUAGAAAAACUGACCCAUGGUGGUCAUUGCAUAUCUAUAAAAUCAAAAAAGUUAUUGUUGGUAAAAAUCUAUCACAGCCAGUCUUAUACUAUCUUGAGGAUGAGCCAAUUGAUUUAACUAAACAUUUAAUAG